AAAUAUUUCAUUCUAGUGAAACAUUGAGAAACUAUAAAAUAAAUUAGAACACACAAAAUCAUAACAAAUCAUCACUAACACAAAAACAGAACUAAUCAAUAGUCACCAAAUGAACUCUGUUGUCUCUGAAUUAGAAGGCACCCUUCUAAAAAAUUUAGAUGUAUUUUCCUACUUCAUGUUAGUAGCAUUCGAAGCUUCAGGUUUGAUUCGCUUCGUCGUGUUAUUAACCCUAUGGCCCGCGAUUCGGUUCUUAGAAAUUUUCGGCAUGGAAGACAUAAGUCUCAAAGUAAUGAUCUUUGUCUCAGUAGCUGGAAUUCAUAAAUCUGAAAUUGAAUCAGUUUCAAGAGCUGUCUUGCCAAAAUUCUACAUGGAUGAUCUUGACAUGGAAGCUUGGAAAGUGUUUAAUUCAUAUGAUAAAAGGGUUGUUGUAACAAAAAUGCCAAGAGUAAUGGUUAAGAGGUUUGUGAAAGAGCAUUUACUUGCUGAUGAAGUUAUUGGGAGUGAAUUAAUUUUCAAUAGGUUUGGUUUUGCUACAGGGUUCGUUCAUUGUGACUCAAUUACUUCAGUUUCUGAAAGUGUUGCUAAAGUUUUCAAUAAUGAAGUUAUCACUUUAGGUAUGACAAGGAUUAAUACAACUACAUCAAGCAAUCACUUGUUCUCCAAGCUUUGCAAGGAACAAAUCCAACCACCGUAUAAAAAAAGCCAAAAGAACAACGACAACCAACUCGUGCGACCACACCCGGUGAUCUUCCACGACGGGCGUCUGGUGAAGCGACCAACACCAUCCACCUCCCUACUAAUCAUCUUGUGGAUUCCAAUAGGAAUUUUACUAGCCAUAAUCCGAUUAACCUUGGGAGCCAUUUUACCCUUUUGGGCCAUUCCACACUUAUCAAGAUUAUUUGGUGGCAAAGUGAUUGUGAAAGGUAAACCACCUCAUCCACCCUCACAUGGUAACUCAGGUGUCCUUUUCGUUUGCACUCACCGCACCCUCAUGGACCCCGUCGUUCUUUCCUCCGUUCUCCACCGUAAAAUCCCGGCAGUAACAUACUCCAUAUCUCGAUUAUCAGAAAUUCUCUCCCCUAUUCCUACUGUGAGAUUAACAAGGAUGCGAAACGUGGAUGCUGAGAGAAUAAAACAUGAGUUAUCAAAAGGUGAUUUAGUUGUUUGUCCAGAAGGAACAACGUGUCGUGAGCCUUUCCUUUUAAGAUUCAGUGCUCUUUUUGCGGAACUAACGGAUCGAAUAGUACCGGUUGCUAUGAACUAUAGAGUAGGGUUUUUUCAUGCAACGACUGCCAGGGGUUGGAAAGGUUUGGACCCGGUUUUUUUCUUCAUGAACCCUAGACCGGUUUAUGAGGUUACUUUCUUGAACCAGUUGCCGGUUGAAGCCACGUGUUCUUCGGGGAAGAGUCCACAUGAUGUGGCUAAUUAUGUGCAGAGAAUAUUGGCUGCAACGUUAGGGUUUGAAUGUACCAACUUUACUCGAAAAGAUAAGUAUAGGGUUUUGGCCGGAAAUGAUGGCAUUGUGUGUUGUACUUCAUUGGCUGCUCGUGUAAUGAAGGUGGUGAGCACAUUCAAGCCUUGUUUACCAUGAUUAUGAGUAUUCAAAUUAAUAAGAUUUUUUAAUUGUUUUAUAUUGUUUGUAUGUAUGUGGGUGCCAUUGUGCAAGCUUUGUGUAUUUUAAGUUUGUAACAUAUAUAGAUUGUUUCUGUUUUUUUU